AUGCUUUUUGAAAUCAAACCAUAACAAGUUGAAGUUAAUAUCAAAGAAAGUAAUUUUUAAUUGAGCUUAAGUAACACAACUGAAGCUAAGAAAUGUUACAGAGUGGGAUAAAUGAAUGAAAAUAUUCAAAUAGAAGCAGUACUACUUAGUUUGAAUUUAGAAGAUAGAUACAUAUAUGCGAUUUAGGAAAAUUAAGUUUACAUAUAUGAUGAUUAUGAUUUUGAAAUAAAUAUGGUCUAAUAGCAACUUUAAAAAUCAUUUUUGGAGUUAUUGCUUAUACUCUUCCACAGAAAAGUAAAGAAAUGA